AUGAAGUUUGCCACUGUCCUCUCGACCGCCGGUCUUCUCUCCACUGCCGUCUUGGCCCACCCUGGCGGACACCAUGUCCCUCGCGCAGAGAUGGAGCGCCAAGCCGCGCUGUCGAAACGCUGCGCCAGCCAAGCAGGGCUUAUGAACGAGAAGCGCUACACCAGGCGCAUGAAGGCGAAGCGCUCGCUGGACAUCGAGGAGCGGUCUGACGCCGGCGACGCCAUAUACAAGAUGAACAUCGACGCGCCUUACUACGACGUGCUCCAGAACGACACCUGCGUCCUAUCCCCCGACGUCACCCAAGGCCCAUAUCUCUGGAACCGCGCGCAGAUCAAGAGGCAGGACAUGUCGGAAGACCAACCCGGUGUGCCGCUUUGGCUGGACAUUGGCGUCCUGGACAUGGCUACCUGCGAGCCUCUCCCGAAUGCGCUCGUGAGCUUUUGGCACUGCAACGCUACUGGCAGCUACUCCAGUUUCACUGGCCUCGACCCCAAUCAAGGUUUCAAAGACUACCUCCACGAAGCCAACAUCCGCAACUUCACGAUCGGCAAGUCAGACCUGCACACCGACGACACGACAUUCCUGCGCGGUAUCUGGCCUAGCAACGACGAGGGUAUGUUAGAGAUGAAGACGGUGUUCCCGGGCUUCUACGCCGGCCGCACCAUCCACGUCCACGCCCAAAUUUACACCGACUGGACUCUGCAUGACAACGGCACCCUCCAGUCCGGCCACGUCGUCAGCACCGGGCAGCUGUACUUCCCCGAGAAUGUUACGAAGACGCUCAUGAAGCUUGAGCCGUACAAGUCGCACACGGAGAUUGAGCGCGUGACGAAUGAGGAAGACCACCAUAUCGGUGAGGGACGGGUCGGCGGUUACGACCCCGUUGUGAAUGUCGUACCUGCUGAUGGUGAGAAUAUUGAGAAUGGCAUCAUUGGGUAUAUCACGAUGGGUGUGGACACGACGGAUAAUUAUAAGGAGCCGGAGGGCGAUGACCAGUUUUGGUUUAAGAAAUAA